AUGGCUGGAGUCCGGCAUUGGGAGCAAGAUAAGGAGGCGACCGUGUAUAUCGGUAAUCUAGAUGAGCGCGUCACAGACAGCCUGGUCUGGGAGCUGAUGUUGCAAGCUGGUCGCAUAGUCAAUGUCCACCUGCCCAAGGACCGCGUCACCCAGACACACCAGGGUUACGGUUUUGUCGAGUUCAUCAGUGAGGAAGACGCUGAAUAUGCAGCCCGCAUCAUGAACCAGGUCCGCCUGUACGGGAAGCCCAUCCGUGUUAACAAGGCGUCCGCGGACAAGCAUAAGACUGUCGAGGUUGGCGCGGAGCUGUUCAUCGGGAACCUUGACCCCAUGGUUACCGAGCAGAUCCUCUAUGAUACGUUCAGCCGGUUUGGGAGUCUCAUAUCUGCUCCGAAGAUUGCACGAGACGACGCAAACCUCUCAAAGGGCUACGGUUUCGUCUCCUUCUCCAACUUUGAAGCAUCGGACGACGCCAUAGCAAACAUGAACGGCCAGUACCUCAUGAACAAGGAAGUCUCCGUCCAAUACGCCUACAAGAAAGACGGCAAGGGAGAACGACACGGCGACCAGGCCGAACGCAUGCUCGCCGCGCAGGCAAGAAAACACAACGUCCAACCCCAAGCGCAACCCCUCCCCCCUCAACUUGUGGGCGGCGGACAAGGGACACAUGCACAGUCUCCAGCAGUCGACGGCGACGUCCCAGCGGGCCGGGGUAUGAACCCUGCCUCCACCGCAGCCGCAGCAGGAGGCCCACCAGACUUUGGCGGCGGACGGGGAAUCCCCAUCGUCAACGGUGGCGGUCCCUAUCAGCAUAACCAACACAUCCCGCCGACCCAACACCCGCAUCAAUACCCACAUCAGCAUCAGCACCAGCACCCACACGUCCAGCACCCACAGCAGCAUCAACACCAACACCACCGACCGCCACCCCCGCACGCCCAUCACCCGCCUCAACCCCUCUCUGCUCCACCCCCAGGCCUCCCCGCGCGUCCACCUCCUUCCCAAGCGGGUUACGGCGGGCCACCACCGGCAGGGUUUGUACCACCACCUCGUUUUGGGCAACCGCCGCCAGCCGGGUUUGCGUCACCGCCAGCUGCGGGUGCUCCAGGUGCUGUGCCGCCUCCUCUUCCGCCUGGCUUUCAGCCGUCGGGGUAUGUGAGGGGGCGCUGA